AUGCUCUCACGUGUUGCUGCAGUCAUGGCACCCCGCACACACAACCGCCGCCGCGUGACCGGAUCCAGCGGAAGGAGGAGGGAAGGAAAGAAGAGUGAGCCGCAGAGGCCCAACAUGUCCCGUCAUGUGUUUGCUUCUGCGGUGCUGCUGCUCGUCGUCGUGAUGACUUCCUGCAGCAGUGAAGCCACUUACGGCAAGGAGGGCAAUUCAAGGAAUGGAAUCAUCUUUGAAGGAGGGGAUUCGUUUAGUGAUCCAGAGACUGAAAAUUUGUUACAGGCGUUUGACUCGUUCCGUGCACCUUCUCUUGCUUACGUGAAUGGUGUCGUUGUGGCCACCGUUGAAGCGCAUUACACAAACUCCACGGAUAACAAAUCGUGUGUCAGUCUUGCUGCAAGGUCGAUGGAAAGCAGUGGAGGGGAGUGGACAAAUGGAACUGCCAUCGUGUUUGAUCAUUACGACGUGAAAAUUGACCGCCUGUUGAGUCCAACAACCUUUGUGGAUGAAAGAGAUGGUGCAACAAAUGCUCUUGUCGGGGGUUAUGGCACGUCAACGACUCCAUUGACGGAGGUGACUGGUGAUGGUAAAUAUUGGGCGCCCAGGAUAGCGGCUGGUAGUUUGAUUCCGUAUGACGAUGAGGAAAAGAAGGAGUUUAAGUGGAACCAGGUUGCAAGCACGUCAGGAGUUCCACAUGACCUUUGGGAGAGUGAACGCACAAACCCCAAACGCUUCAAACAAUUUCUGGGUGGUGGUGGCGCAGGCAUUAAGAUGGAGGAUGAUGGUCGCUACGUGCUGCCUAUUCAAGCCUUGAAGGAUGAUGGAAAGGUUGUUUCGUUGGUUAUCCUCGCCAAAAAAACUUCUUAUGGCUGGGAGUUUUCAAAUGGUACGAGUGAUGAGGGAUGCAUCCAGCCUGCGGUUCUUGAAUGGAAGGAAAAAGAGCUUAUAAUGAUGACGUCGUGUGAUGACGGCAGCCGCAGGGUUUACAGGUCAAGCACCAUGGGGAAUUUGUGGACGGAGGAAUACGACACUCUUUCACGCGUGUGGGGCAACUCACGUACACGUGUGGGGCACGGCGCGCAGGGUGGCUUCGUCAGCGCGAUGAUCGAUGGACAGAAAGUCAUCCUCGUCAGUCGGCCGGUAUAUUCUGAGAAGGAUAAAAAAGAAACGGGCCGACUUCACUUGUGGCUGACGGACAUGCAGCGAAUUUAUGAUGUUGGGCCGAUAUCCGCUGUGGGUGAGAACGUCGCCGCCAGCACUCUGCUGUACGCCACGGUCGAAGCGCAGCCAUUGAAAGAGGAAGAACCGAAGGAAGAGAAGAAACUGUACUGCUCGUACGAGGUCGCUGCAGAGGACGGUAAGUACAACAUUGCUUUUGUGGGCUUGACGGAGAAGUUGGAGGAUAUGAGGAAGGUAUUGGCUGCAUGGAAGGAAAAGGACGCGCAAAUUGCGAAGGAGUACCGCUGCGGGAAUGAAAAGAAUAAUUGGCGCAGUGGCUGUGAUGCUCGUGAACUCACCAAGGGGCUGGUUGGCCUCUUAUCCAACAAGUCAACUAAGAACACAUGGAGUGACGAGUACCUCUGCGUGAAUGCAACCGUUCACGGGGAAGUGGAAAGUGCUCCUGAUGGUGGAUUGACGUUCAAAGGACCCGGAGCAGGGGCGAAGUG